AUUUAGCACGCUACAUUCCUACUCUGAAUCGUUAUAAAAAGGGCGUAUAUGUCCGUAUUUCCAUCAAUCUCGAUCUUUGUGCUACUGAUACCUUUCGUAAAAGAAGACAGAGACCAUGAAGGUGACGGUAUUUUUGGUAGUUAUGCUAGUUGUCGGUUGUUUGUCCACAGACGACAUUUUAAGAAGGGGAAGCGACAGUAACAGUAAAACAAAAAGAUGGGACCAUUCAUUUAAUACGAAGUUUGGACGGGAAAACGGAGUUCCAUAUAUCACGGGAGAGUAUACUCUAGGCCACGAUAACUUUGAAACUUCAAUCCAUGGAACUGUUUCGGGGAAUGGGAACUGGGAAGUCGGGGCUUCUGUAGAAUGGCGUUUUAAAAGAAAUGCUAAAACGAACGGUAAAAAGCUUUAUAAUGUCUCAUUCCAAAUUGAUCCAUGCGACUUUGUAACAUACGAUCUGGAUAAAAAUGACGAAAUUGUCCUUGGUGAAAUGCAUGCCAUAUUUGGUGACAGUGAGAUGGCACUAAGACUAUAUAUCGACAUGGAUGGAAAUGGAAAUGCGGUCAUUGAAAAAGAAGAAUUCUACAGGCAAGCUCCACAGUUCAUUAAGGAAUGCACUGUCCUCGACCCAAAGGGUGAAGAUUAAAGCGUCUUAAAACAAGCUUUUUGGCAAAAAGAAAAAAAAAGAAGAAUAUAAUUAAAAGAGAAAAAGAAAAAAAAAACAAGCAAAGAUUAGUUUUAUUCCAAAAUAAGACAUUACAACAAUUAAUCCGGAAUAUGGGGUUUCCUUAUAUUAUAUAAUGAUACACAUCAAGUUUAAAAAAACUGAAGUGAAAACGAAUAUGUGUUGUUGACUUGAUAUUUUUUUAUUAAAUUUAACAAAAUAUUGACAAAUUAACCAUAACCUGUUUAUUUGUAUGAUGUAUGAAAGUGAUGUAUUUUCUUAAAUAAAAUGACGUAAAACAAAA